GUCGCCGAUAGAUCGGCCACUGCCAGAGCUCUUGCCAUUGGUCUCGUGACUUGUGAUUUCCAAACUUAUUAGAGCACACGGUAGUUUACCUUAUUUUUCCCACUCCGUCAACUUUCAUUCUUUCUAUUAUUUGCCGCUGGUCAACAAUAAGCUUCAGAGUGUACAAACAUAAAUGAAUAGAAAAGAUAAAAGUGAAUAAAUAAAUGGAGAUUGAAACUCCAUGAACUGUGUUCUUAGUUAUAAAGAUUCCGAGUGUUUUGUCAUAUAUUCGUUAUUAAUUGCUGUAGUUUUGGUGUGAGUUUCUGACUGUAUAGUUCAAUCAACUUUAAACCGAAGUGAAAUUGUGUGAGCUGGAUAACAACUUCUUAGUAAAAUUCUAUAAAAAUGACGGUGGGCAAUACUCAAAAUGAGGCGUCCCAGGGGCAAUAUAAAGUCGAUGACUAUAUGCGAAUACCUGUUGAAAAAACUCGAUGGGAAGCCAUAAGAGAUGUUUUCUACAAUCCUAAUGAGCACACGGUUUUAGGAAGAACCAAUAAACAAUGGGGUAUAACGGGGCUCUUCUAUCUCGUUUUCUUCAGCUGCCUUGCUGUUUUUUGCGCUAUGUGCUAUCACGGGUUCAUGGCGACUCUGAGUUACGAGAGGCCCCGAUGGACUCUUGACAGUAGCUUAAUAGGAACGAAUCCAGGCCUGGGAUUUCGACCCUUACCUAGAAUCCCCGAAGCGAGAUCUCUAAUAUGGUACAACGCAACAAACGCAACGCAAGUUGACGAUUGGGUCUCAAAUAUUGAUGAAUUUUUGACACAUUACAGGGAUUCAUCCAAGUUACCGAACGGUGGAAGAAAUCAACAGGUAUGCAGCUACGAACAUCAGAAUGUUGAGCCUGGAAAUGUUUGUGCAGUAGAGGUUCAUCAAUUUGGUCCUUGCUCACCAAAAACAAAAUACGGUUUUCAUAAUUCAUCUCCUUGUGUGUUCAUCAAGCUCAAUAGGAUAUUUGGAUGGAUCCCCGACUAUUACAAUAACCCAAAUCAACUUCCGGAAGAGAUGCCCCAAGAUCUGAUCGCCAGAAUAAAAACGUACAACAGCACGUGGCUUAAUACGAUUUGGAUUUCUUGCAAAGGAGCGGAUCCAUUCGAUCGUGAGAAUAUCGGCCCGAUAAAAUAUUUUCCCGAAUUUUUUCCCCAAGGACUACCCGGAUUUUACUAUCCCUAUGAGAACAUUCCAGGGUACUUGAGCCCUCUCCUGGCUGUUCAGUUUGAGAGACCUAAAACACAUGUGAUAAUCGCAGUGGAAUGUCGAGCUUGGGCCAAGAACAUUCAAUAUGAUCCUUAUUUAAAAUUGGGAAUGGUCCAUUUCGAAUUGUUGAUAGAUUAAAUAGUGUCAACCUAAAAGAUUUAUUGUUUUAUUGAACACAACUAUUUGUUAUGCGUUGAACGAUCAAAGUUUAUCUUCUCUUUUAUUCAUUUUGAAUGUGAAGAAGACAAACGUAGGAGGGCGCAACGUAUCGAGAAUAUGAUUCUUGACUAUCGCGAAAUUUUCUUUCACUUUUCAAAAUCCGAGUAUCUCGUGAUCGAUUCGUAUCUCAGUCAACAGAUUCUCCUUGAGAAAAUAAAAAAUCAAUGUUUUGUGAGAAUUUCUGUUCCUUGUAAUUUACAAUGAUUUUUUAGACUAUAUUUCAAUUUUGUGUCUUGUGGAAAUUUACUUUCAGUCAUCGAUGUCGUGAAUACUCGAGUGUUACACCAUAGUCCUAAAGUUUCGUGUGAAAACUGGAUGAAUGGCACUUGAUAGUAUUUUAUCUUAUUUUUGCAAGCUGUAUUAGGCGUUUUCAAAAUCACUAAAUAUAAGGUGUUGCCAACUAAACGAUAAGGAUGGACUAUUCCCACUGCGUCAACAAUCGUAUAUACGUUUAAUUAAGGUAACUACUGUGCUGCAUGCUAGUCAAAUGAGUGCUAAAUUUUCACAACGCUUUUAUACCAAGUUUAACAUACCGAUUAAACGUAUUGUUAGUGGAUUUGUAUUACAGCAUGUCUUAUCACCAUGUAAAAAUAUAAAAAACGAUAAUUUUGCAAAACUAUUAAAUGAUGAAUGCUAAUUUCCACGAUGAUGCAUUUUCACUAUGGUAUUUCUUGGAAAAAAUUAUCUGCAUUUUUUAACCGAUUUUAUUGCAUCAAGUCUCAUUUUGUUCCUUAACUGAUCCUCUACUAAUUCACCAUGCAAUUUUUGUUUAACUUAAUUGUUUCACUGUUGCAGUUAAUUGUUCAUUAAGCGAAAAAACUUUUUAAUCAAUAACUUCUGAAGGAAUGAAUUUUGAAAAAAAUCUACGUGGUGAAUUUGUAGAGGAUCAGUUGAAGAACAAAAUGAGACUUGGUGUAAUAAAAUCGGUUAAAAAAUAUAUAUAAUUUUUUGAAAAAUACCUGUCAUCGGGGAAAUUUGCAUUUAUCAGUUGGAUGGUUUUGCAAAACUAUCAUUUUUAAUACUUCUUUACGUUAAUAAAAUACGCUUUAGUGCAAAUGAGGCAUUCCACGCCGUUUCACCUAACCUGUGACACCGACUAUUUUUUAUUUUCGUCAUUUUUUUUUUUAAAUGGUACCCCAUGAAAGAAAUAUCCACACCAGUUUUGAGAUUUUUCUCUUCUGGGUCGAGCGUUAUAAUUUUCGAAAAAAUGUGAGUUUUGGAAGUUUUGAAAACCUUUAAACCCCGAUAAUUUUUGAACUCAUUGAGAUAUCAACAAAUAUCACAAUAUCAUUUUUUUUUGUUUUAACAAGCACUUUCACUUAAAGAUAUAAAAAAAAAAUGUUAAUAAACAAAGUCAACGUUUUUUUGUUUCUAAAGUACAAAACAUUUUUUUUUAAAGGUGAAUGCCAUUUUUCUUUUUUCCAAAAAGUUCUCUAAAAUAGAGUGAUCCAUUCUACGAUUUUUAAGAAAAGUCUCAUCGUGGGCUUAUUUUUCCUUGUAUGUUUUUUCGAAUUAAUCAUAUUUUUUAUUAGAGAAAUUUCAGUGAUAUAAGCCCGAUGAAUGAUUUUAACGAUAUUAAUAUUUUGAAAUCUUCUUGAAUAGAUCCAAAAUAUAAUAAUAAAUAUAUAUUAAGGGGGCAGCCGGAUUUUUUGGAGUUUCUUCGCGAUUUUUUGCGGUGAGGAAAAAGAACCACAGAAACGUUUUGCAAAUUAAACUCAUUUGGCUAGCAUGCAGUACACAAUAGUUACCUCAACCAUCCGGUGGAUAAUCUAUUGAAAAUGAUGCCCUUGAGACAAUGAUUUUUCCGCUAAAUUGCGAUUUUGGUUGAGCUUAUUUCAUGUGAUGCAACCAAGUUGAAAGGUUUUAUUGUAUAAAAAUUAACGAGAAAACUGGAAAAACAGAAUCCAUUGAAUUAAGGAUCAUAAUGAAAUUGUAGUCUCAAAUUUAGUUAUUCUUUUAGCAAUUCGAAUUCAGAGGCCUCGUUGAUCAUAGAAAUAAAAUUUAUGAUAAAAUUAUUUAUCCAGAAGUUAUUUCCAAUAAAGAGAUUUCGAAGGAAAUUUUAUUUUCUAAAACUGUCAAAAUUGUUUGAAACGAGGAGUUUGUGCGUACAAAUGUCACCUCAGCCGUGAGCACAUAAGCUCCGAAAUUGAUUGUCUAAAUAACAAUCACUCCGACCAGUGAAUCCCAAAGAAGCCCGUAAAUGGUGUAAAAGGUCGUAUCGAACAAUCAAAUCACGCUAAUUUUUUUUUAUCGAUCGAAACAAGUUGAUUUUGAAUUGUAACAAGUUAAAACUAUGUCAAGAUAAGCGUUUCUACGAAAACGAAAAAAAGUCUUAAAAAUAGAUUGAUUAUAUUUACUACUGAAUGUUGUGAAAUAUGUAAUUAGACACAUGAUAUAUGGAAAAUUUAUACGAUAAAAAGAAUUCUAAAAAUUUCGCAGUUAUUUUAAAAUCAUAACCGUUCGUUUCAAUCAUUUUGUACAUUUUCAUUACACAAUACAGUUUAUCUAUUUUAAACAUGAUGGAUACAAUUGACUUAAAUAAAAUAAUCAAGUCAAUGACAUUA